CCGCCCAAGCGGUGACGUCACGGGGCGCUGACAAGCUGGUGGUGCCGGAAGAAAAGAUGGCGGAUCAUGAGGAGCAGCUAUCCGACGAGGAAAAGGUACGCAUAGCAGCUAACUUUGUCAUCCAUGCUCCGCCAGGAGAGUUCAACGAAGUCUUCAAUGAUGUGCGGUUGCUGCUCAACAAUGACAAUCUUCUCAGGGAGGGAGCAGCGCAUGCGUUUGCACAGUACAACUUGGACCAGUUUACCCCCGUGAAAAUCGAGGGGUACGAAGAACAGGUCUUAAUCACAGAGCACGGCGACCUGGGGAACGGGCGGGUGUUGGACCCCAAGAACAAGAUCUCCUUCAAGUUCGACCACCUGAGGAAAGAGGCCAGCGACCCGCGGCCCCAUGAUGUCGACGGCUCCCUGGAGGGCUGGCGGGGCGCCGUGGACUCGGCCGUCAGGGCCUACGUCAAGGAGCACUAUCCCAGCGGGGUGUGCACGAUUUACGGGAAAACCAUUGACGGACAUCAAACCAUCAUCGUGUGCAUCGAGUGCCAUCAGUUUCAACCUAAAAACUUCUGGAACGGACGCUGGAGGUCGGAAUGGAAAUUCACCAUCUCUCCUUCCUCCACCCAAGUGGCAGGAAUCAUGAAGAUCCAGGUUCAUUACUAUGAGGACGGAAACGUUCAGCUGGUGAGCCACAAAGAGGUUCAGGAGUCCAUGACCAUUUCUAAUGAGGCUGCGACUGCUAAGGAGUUCGUUAAGAUCAUGGAGGCUGCAGAGAACGACUAUCAGACGGCCAUCAACGAGAAUUACCAGACCAUGUCGGACACUACCUUCAAAGCCUUACGCCGCCAGCUUCCUGUGACGCGCACCAAGAUCGACUGGAACAAGAUCCUGAGCUACAAGAUCGGCAAAGAGAUGCAAAACGCUUAAAACCGACGGAGAAGACGACAGACAUCCCCCCCCACCCCCCGACACCCCACCCCCUCAAAAAAUGUUGCAUGACUGGAUAGUUGUAUCGUCUUUGUACAAAAAUUAAGAGCAAACGGAGCAAAGAAAGGUUUGGUCUGGUUACACGUGGGACGACCACCUUCCUCUCCACAGGCACUGUUAAUCCUCUGUACAUGGAAUUUACUACGAUAAAGGUUAUUUUUGGGAAAAUUGAACUUGAGGAAAACAUUGGAAGACAUAGGAAAAAGGGCGAACACGUAUGCAAAAACACCCAUUAAAGUACAAUAUUGUGUGUGCAAUAUUUAUUGUGUCGGUGAGACCACGCCUUCAGUUUGACCUGAUGGGGGGAAAUAAAAAAAAAAAACAACGGUUUGAAUUUGCAAAUUUGGUGAAAAAAAAAUUAUUUUUGGGAGAGUUUUGUCUUGAUUUGCGAAAGAGAGCUUGGAUAUUAAGAGCUGAAAGAACUCCUUCCACUUCACGGUUAAUGUCCUAUACAGUCAGAAGAAAAAAAUGAUAAUCAAAAAUGGAAAAAGAACAAAAAACAAGAAAGUUUUGUGUUCAUUGACUUGUAUCUCCGGCACGAGCAGCCGCCGCCACUCAUGUUCUUGUUCCCUCGUUUUGGUACUUCCCUCACCAUCUGUCCUGUUUGUGAGACCUAAAGCUCGCAGUGCUCCGGCUAAAUUUGCCUUUUUGACUUGACAUCGUCUGAACUUAACUCUCACUCGGCGCAGGGAGUUCUACGACCACAUAACAAGCUUAAUUAACAAGUCAUAAGUCGCUAAAUAAUGUGCAUAAUGUCCAAUUUACAAUAAAAUCGAGAAGCAUCUCUUUCUCCUCCAGUGCUUAUUUUUAUUAAAAAAGAGAACCUGACUGUAUUAUAUGACAAGGCACAUUGUAAUAUAUACCUGUAUGAAACAUCCUGUCAGUUUGGUGAUUUAUUUCCAUGAGAUUAAUUGUAAUUCAGUCACAAUUAUGUUGCAUUAAAUGACAAAUUUUCUA